GCAGACAACAUGGAAUAUGACAACAAAAAUUCUAUUUCUGCAGCAGAAUUAGAUGACAAUAUAGAAUUAGAAGAUGAACAACCGAUGAAGGCUAAUCCUCUGACAGAAAUAGAGGACAACAUCAUGAUAGAUGAAUGCAUGAAUGAUGUGAAUGGUCUACAAGAGUAUGAAACCCAGAUGUUCACAGAAUUGAAAGAGUUUGAUGUAACAAAUACUUGCUUUACAACAGAAAUAGCAGACAACAUGGAAUAUGACCAACAAAAUUCUAUUUCUACAGCAGACAAUAUAGAAUUAGAAGAGAACACAGAAACCUGGGAGGAGUACAUAAAUGUUAAAGGAAGGACUGUUAACUGUAGGAAUGUGAAACCACCCUGCAACGAACUGAAGU